AUGGCCUUCGUCCCUCGUCUAGGCGACUUCAUCCUCAGGUUUUUGGAGAAGAUGCGGCCGUCGCAGGUGCCAAUUUCCUGCCUCCAGUCCACGGAUAUGCACACGCCCGACCUGGGCCAGGAUCGCCGCUUCGUCUUGGAGCUGCCAGAUUCUGGGCUGGCUCAUUUCGCCCUCUGCUGUGACAAAACGGACCGUGGCGCCUUGGCCCCCAGCGAUCCCCGGCUAGAGACGUUCCUCCUCGCGCCGGGGCGCAGCUACUCCGUGUUCGUACCUGUGGCCCCAGGCUCGGGCUACGGGGCCCGGAUUCGGGCUGCGCGCCAGCACCAGCACCUGAUAAAACAACUUAGCCAGGUUCCUUUCCAGCAGUGCCAGCUGCGGCGCUUGCUCUCCUACUCUCCGGGCAGCCCGCCGGGGAGCACGGAGAAGGGUUUCGUACUGUGGGAUCCCAGAGACUGCUUGGAGACCGAGCGCGCCUUGCAGGGGCUGCUGGUUGCCUGUGAGGCCCCGCGCCCACAUCUGGGCGUGUUCGAGGCUGACCUCAGUGGCCAGCUGUGGCAGAGGCAGUGGGAGCUGCUAGGAGGAGCAGGAGAUGGAGGGCUGAAGCCGGUGGGUAAAGCACGAGUGGUGCCCACUAAGGAGCCCCAGCUUCACCCUGCUGUCCCAGACCUACCCCUCUCUGUGGUGUUUCCCAGUCUUGAAGAAGUCAGAAAGGUUUUUAAGGAGUGUACAUCUUUAAUUCCUGAAGCACAAGAAGUCCUUAAUUUGGUGGAUAAAUGCCCAAAGAAUGUCCAGAAGGGAAAAUUCCCUGUCAUUGCUAUUGAAGGCUUGGAUGCUACUGGCAAAACUACAGUGACUCACUCCAUUGCAAAAACAAUGAAUGCUGUCUUCUUAAAGUCACCACCACCCUGUAUCAGCCAGUGGAGAAAAAUAUUUGAUAAUGAGCCAGCAAUCAUCAGGCGGGCAUAUUACUCUCUGGGAAACUAUAUCAUUGCUUCUGAAAUAGCUAAAGCAUCUACCCAGGCUCCUGUAAUUGUAGACAGGUACUGGCACAGCACAGCUGCCUAUGCAAUUGCCACUGAGAUAAGUGGCCUUCCCCACUACCUACCUCCAGCUCACCACCCCAUAUACCAGUGGCCCAAGGACUUGCUCAAACCUGAUAUCAUCUUGCUGCUAACUACGACUCCCAAGGAGAGGGAACUUCGGAUCCAGGAACGUGGGCUGGAAAAAACUAAAGAAGAAGAGGAGCUGGAAGUCAAUAAGUUAUUUCGUGAAAAAGUGGAAAUGUCCUAUAAGAGGAUGGAGAACCCUGGAUGUCACUUGGUGGAUGCUGGCCCAGAAAGAGGAGAAGUCAUCCAGAAUGUUUUAGAUGUAAUUAAAAAGUAUUGUACCUCACUAUAGUCACUCCUGGGAGGUGGCAGAUGUUUUAUCUACUUCUACAUUAAUAAACCUCACUUUAGAAUGUAUGCCACUAUUUUCUAGGUACCUGUUAGAUAUUCACAGUGGCAGGAAAGGAAGAAACUUAAUAUGCCUUCAUACAGACACAGCCAUAUGGUUAGAAAACCUAGGUUCAAAUCCUACCUCUGAUGCUUAUGUUCUGUGGGACCCUGGACAAACUUAACUUCCUUUGACCUCAAAAGAGUUUGGAACUGAACCGCCAAUGUUCAUUCAAAAUUUAUACUUGUGAUUAUAUGAUCUAUAUGGCAGCCACAAGGUAAUGAUGAGAACACUGUAUUUGGAUUCAGAGAUCUUAGGUCACAAUUCUGACUUUUGUCACCCACUAGCUGAGACCUUGAGCAAAUCACUUCCACCAUUCUGUUCUCUAGGAGAUCUUCUAACUCUAAAUCCCUGUGAUCCUGUUUUAUGUAUAUGUGCUUUAUAUAUAUAUGUAUAUAUAUAUAUAUAUAUAUGCACAUAGACAUAUAUAUAUGUACAUCCAUGCACACAUAGUCUAAAACACUGGAUAAUCCUUGCAUCAUAGCCUAUCUUUUGUUCAGAUAAUCUCUUUCAUGGUGUCAUGAUAUGAUGUCCUCCAGCAGUGGGUGAAUUGAGGAACUAUUUUCCUUAUUAAAUAUUUCCUUAUUAUUAUUUUAAAAAAUACUGGAUCUGCUAUUCUUUUUUUUUUUUGCCAGGAAUACUUUUUAUUUAUUGAACAUCAUAAUAAAUCCCAACAUUUCUAACCCAGAAAGAGAAAUAUCCAAAUUGGCAAGUUCUCUCAGAUAUCUAUCACAUGAUAAUUUGAGGUAACAUUUAUAGCAAUGAGGUGCCAAAGAUGGCAUGCAGAGCAUUCUCUGUGGGCACACAGCCAUCUACCACCUCCUUGAGUUCAUUACUAGAAAUCAGACUACAGUUCUAAACAAUCCUGGACUAUAUAUAUAUAUAUCUUCUGGAGGGGCUGCUAGAUGUCCCAGCAUAUAGAAAGCUAAACCUAGAGACAGAAAGUCCUGAGUUCAAAUCCGGAUUCAACAUUUACCGAGCUGUGUGACCAUGGACAAGUCACUUGACCCCAAAUGACCCCUUAACUGCUUUUUUACCUUGGAACCCAUACUUAGUUUUGAUUCUAAAACAGAAUGUAGGGGUUUAAAAAAAUCCUGGAACAAGAGGCUUGUAGGACCUUGCAUGUCCUCUCAAGUACUCAUUGCUUCACUUUUGUUUUCAUCUUUAACAUCCCUUUGAAUAUGACCUCUUUAUUCGGGGAGACAAGAGGCAUGUAGCAGUAUCCCUGAGAGUGUGUUAGCUUCAUUGAGAGCAUAGUCAUAUUCUGCCAGCCCUCAGACACUGACAAGCAAGCUUUGGAUAUGGCAAGAUGACUAUUCAACUGCAUAGGUCUCUGCUGAGGGUAGUCUCUUCCAGCUAGUGCCAUCUCUGGUCAAGAAUGUUGGAAUGUCUUGGCUGGCCCUAGACUUUCACUUUAAAAUUGUUAAGGUUAGACUUGAAUUCAAAAUGCUCUGAGACAUGACCAUUGGUAUUUUAUCAAUUAUACAAAACCCUUUAGUAUCUCCCAGUUGCUCUCAGAAUAAGGUACAAGUUCUUAAGCCUGGGAUCCAAGUCCCUCCUUUUACUCCCAAACAUGAGCAGUCUGCUCAGCACUUGCCUUUUCGUGUUUGCUGAGCAUUUGUGUCACCUGCAUUUUUGCCUCUGCCUAUGCUAGCUCCUUUGCUCAAGAUAUAAAUCUCCUCCCUGUCCCUCACAUUUAUUCUCCCUUUCUUACUCAUCCUUUAUGGCUUAGCUCAAGUAUUAUUUCCUUUAGGAAAUCUUCCCUGGAUUCAGCUGUGCAUUUUUGGCCCUUUUUGUGUAGAUCACUAAUCUCUUAAAUAAUUAAGAUAUUAAAUAAAUAUAUGUUGACAAUGAAGGUCCCUGGAUCUGAAAUAAGAUGAGUUGGAUUUAAAUCCCUGUUCUGCAUGGUGAUCCUAAGAAAGUCAUUUUAUCUCUCUAGGUCCUAUAGCCUCCCCCCCCCCCCCCUUUUUUGGUUUGUUUUUGGUAUUUUUAAUCACCAGAUGAGAGAGUUGGACUAGAAAUCACUGAAGUGUCUUCUAGCACUAAAAACUCUGAUAGUGUAAGCUAUUUAAAUGUGUAGCUAUUCAACUUAUUUUAGGUCUUAUCUCUAAGUAUUGUAGAACUUAAUUUUCUUGAUUAGAGGGACUUCACAAGUCAGAAGACAAUACUAUGCACAUAAUAGAAGCUUAAGAAAUAUUUAUUACAUAACAGAGUUGACUUUUGUAGACUUCCUUUCAAACAUGUUAUCUAUUCAUGGUUACCCCGCCCAUGCAUUCCCCCAAAAGUGUGGCACUAAAAACAUAGGCAUCUUGCACUGAGUAAAGAAUAUUCAACUUAAUUAUUUCAGCACUUUGUGUGGUCAUAUGUUUUUCAUGUAGUGAGUCUGAUAAAUGAAUUAAAACUCAAGCUGAAAGAAAUAUUGGUUGUGUAUCAUUGUGAUAUAGAUUUAAUUUAUCUUGCUAAACAGUUGGUUGACAAAUGUGAUUUUUUUUAGGAAUUCUUUUAUUAUUUGAGUAUUUUAUGAUUAUACAACUUUAGCUACAUUGAACUGCUUCAGAUAUGGAUGCCUAAGAAAAAGAAAGUAGUUGGAAAAAAUACUAUUAAGCUGAGAUUGUGAGCUUUAUUGAGAAUAUGGUGGAGAAAGAUUUCCCUUUCCUUGUUUUGCCAAUAAUGUUAUUGUUGACCCAGGGAAUGAGAAAAAACAAAAUGCUCUCUUAAGUUCCUUUUCAGCUGUAUGUUUUUGUCUUCUGAGAAAUGUGAUUAUCCCUCACUCAAACUCUAACACUUCUUAUGUUAUUGAUGAAUAUGCAUUUAUUGAGCUGCUCCUAGAUGUAAUAUACUUUGUUGACCUUUUUUUUAAGGGUUUGCGUGGUUAUGGUAGACAAUUUAGUUAGAGAAAUGAGUAGCAUGCAUUGAAAGAUGACUAGUAAUCAGAGCUCACGGGUUCCAAAAAUGGACAGGCAGUAGGAGCAAUGGGAAUUUAGAAGACAGAGAUGGAUCCCUCAGAAAUGGAAUGGUCUUACCCUCCUCUCUAACAAAGGGGUGAGCAGCUCAUCUCUGCCCUGAUCAUACUAUCUGCAUAUGUAUCCUGAAUAAUAUGUGCUUUGAAAGCUACCUAAUGAGCUGGAAUUUUCCCAUGUGCAAGUAUCACUUAAAAGAUCUAGGGGUGUUUAGCCUGUAGAAUAGAAGGAUGGGAAGGGAUGGGGAUAGGAUCAGAAUGAUAACUGUCUUCAAAUAUGCGAAUGUCUGUUACAUAGUAAAGGUAUGAGAUAUAUGCUAUUUGGCCCUACACAGUUUGGAGUAGGAAUGAUAGGUGGAAGUUAUAGAGACAUAGAACUGAGGUCAACAGUAAGGAAAAGCUUUCUACCUCUGGGCUGUCCAAAAGCAUAAUGGACUGCCCCAGGAAGUGGUGAGUUUUUCCUCACUUGACAUUUUUAAAUGAGACAGGAUGACCAUUCCUUUGUGGAGACAUUCUCAUGUCAGGUGUAAGUUGGACUAGAUGACUCAUGAGUUCUACCCCAGCUUUAAAGUUCCAUAUGUGUUUUCCUGACAGUUAUAAUUAAGAUUAUAGUGAAGUAAAGUUGGCCUUUAUAAAGAACCAAAAGGUUUCUUUUUGAUUCUUUUGAAUAAAAAAAUGACUUGAUUCUUGA